AGAGACACAGGUCCACUCUCAGCACUGCCUCGAAUGUACGAAAGGGCUUCUCUGAGCUGGCAGCACGCUCAGGGUAUUUCCUGGAGGGAGUUAUGGUGUGCCGGUGAGGAGCCCCCCCCCCCGCCCUCCAGUAAGGAAGGCAGGGAGGUAAAGAGCAGGACCGACCAGCGCCAUCGAUCCUGAGACCCUGAGCGGCGCCGUCAUGGACCCAAGCGUUCAGGCUCUGGAGCUGUCAGGGGUGUUCUUCUCGGUGGCGGCCUGGCUCUGCUCGCUGGCCACCACCCUGAUGUCCACCUGGCUCACGCUGUCCACCGAGCUGCUGCCCACUGAGAGCUACGAGCUGGGGCUGUGGGAGACCUGCGUGGUCCAGGAGCUCGGCGUGCUGGAGUGCCGGCCCUACGACGGCCUCCUGGGCCUGCCACACGACAUUAAACUGGCCCGGAUCCUCAUGUGUGUGGCGCUGGCUGCCGGGCUCCUCGGGGUCCUGCUGGCUAUCCCUGGGAUGCGAGUGGUCAACAGCUGCCACGACCGGCUGGAGGACCUCCGUUGCAAGAGGACCCUGAAGGCGGCGGGUGGGGUGCUGUGCCUGGUGGCCGGUAUCCUGGGCCUCGUCCCGGUAUCGUACAUCGCCCACCUCACGGUCGUACGGUUCUUCGACGAGUCGGUACCGGAGGUGGUGCCGCGCUGGGAGUUUGGGGACGCUCUAUUCUGCGGCUGGACGGCAGGAGUUCUUCACCUGGUGGCGGGAACUCUGCUCCUGACUUCCUGUUUGUGUCUGCAGAGGGAAAACUGUGACGCACCUGUGCACAUCCCUCUGGGGAAGGUGCACCCGGGACAGACCUCUAUCUGGAACAGAUCUGAGUACGUCUGAGACUACUUCCCACCAGGGACGCUGCCACUCUUCUCCGAACUGGUUUCAGUACGUCAGAUUAGAAGCUGAACUGAGAUCGAAUGUUUCCCACCUUUAUGGAUCGAACUCUGGAAACUGCAGCCAAACAAACCCAAACAUACGUACCUCACUCUUAUUGUGAAAGGGUUAACACAAAUUCCCUCUGUAAGUUAAAAAUCCUGAUUAAAUACUUUUAAUCACAAGCAGAAUUUACAAAAUGAAGUCAGUGUCACUUAAAAUUAACUUAGUCAACUGAGUUAAAUGAAUGGAUCUAGUUUUACAGUGCAGAAUAAAAGUUGUGGCUUCAGAUUCUCAGUGACAUUCUUAAUCAGGUUUAGACAAUUAAAAUGUUUGAAACUGUUUAUUUUAUCAGCAGCUUGUUAUUUCAGUGAGUUCAUUCUAUAAAUAAUUCAUUAAAUAAUCAUUAUUUUACACAAACCAGAUUUCCAGAUCCAGGUCAACUGUUUUAUGUCAGUGGAUCCAUUCACAGACUCUGACGGACGGUUUUAAAUAAAGUUUUGUGGGUUUGAAGAAAAGUUAUUUCCUCCUGAUGCAGUUUAUUAUCUUAUUAUCUUAUUAUCUCAAACUUUCUGAUGUUUAAAGUUUCCUCAGUUUCAAUCAUUCAGGCGUUUUGUGUUUUUCACUCAAUAAAAUCCAGUUUUUAUGGAGCCAAAGAGACAAACGUGCUGCUGUUUCCUGUUUGAGUUGUAGUUUUAUAAUUAUUUGUGCUCAGACGACUUUAAGAAACAUAUUUAGGCCCGUUCAUAUCUAAUGAAUGAGCAUUAUGUUGUUUGUGUUGCAUUUAUUGAUCACUCAGUCAUCAGCAGGUUGGACAAACAACAUCUGUGUGUGAAAAACAAGCUCCUGUUUUCUGUUCAAUCACUAUAACGAUUGAUUAUUGGGAUUAUUAUUGGGAUGCUUUGAAUCAAGUUAUAGAUGAGCAGAUGAUUGUAAAGACGAGCUGCAUGUAAAAAAACAAAAAGAUGCUUCAGAAUAAAAAUAAAUGUCAAGUGAAA